UCCAAAUAAGAAGAUUCGUGUGACUCAUCUUCUCUCACUGUCUUCUUCUUCCCACCUUUUCUCUCUGUUACAAGUUGUAACUAUCAUCCGCGUUUUUUUCUUGUUUCAGGAUCGUUAUCAAUUUUUCCUGCGUAGAUACGUCUCAAGAGCUAUCAGCUGAAUUAGACAGUAGCAAGAAGCCAAGGCUAGACCAGCAAGUUAUUUUUGCUGGCUAGCUGAGAUUUUUUUGCGUUUGUGAUCUUUGAAAAAAAAAUCCACAUGAGCCCUCAAAGCGUAUCUAAAACAAGCAAAUCCCUAGAGGGUCUCCACGGGGUUCAUGUGGUCUCCCAUUCUCCUUUCGCAUUUGAAUCCUCAGAUGCAAGAACAAAGCAGAGUCUCUUCAUUGAACGUGUCUGGCAACAAAGACCACCAUGCCUAAGACCUAUCCACUGCUGCAUCCACGGUGAUCGGAGUCUCUUGGAAACAGCGGCUAAUGUCAUCACAUCGCUUCCUUUUAUUUUCCUCGGCAUGCAGGCGCCAAGGAAAAACAUGAACAUGAAGGUGUAUGCAAACUCCUUGAUCGGAGUUGGAGUCGCGUCGAGUUUGUAUCAUUCUUCGAGAGGGAAGCUGAGGAAGUACCUAAGAUGGGCUGAUUACACAAUGAUAGCCACAGCGACAGUAUGUCUAUCAAGGGCUCUUAGGGAAGAGAAUCCAAAGUUCUUGAUGGCUGCAUCAGCUUUGGCUCUACCCUUCCAGCCUCUCGUGGUUUCAGCUGUUCACACCGGAAUGAUGGAGGUAGCAUUUGCGAAAAGAGCCUUAAAGGAUCCAGAUUUGAAAACGGCUCAUAACGUACACAAGAUGUCUACGUUGUUGGGUGGAGCUUUGUUCAUAGCUGACGAUCUUUUCCCUGAAACACCAUUCAUUCACGCCGGUUGGCAUCUCGCUGCAGCCAUUGGCGUUGGGACUUGCAACAAGCUUCUUCAGUAGUUCCACGAUACCAAAUAUAUAUAUAUCGUGUAGUUGUGGAACUACUGUCAUAUUCUUGGUUCAGAGAAACCGCGGUUUCACUGAACUCAUUAAUCAGCCGACAUAGCUAGUUGUUACCUUUGUAGUCAUCUUAUCUUCAGUGUAUAUGUAUGGAACCAAAACAAGUCGCUUGUAAUCUUUAGAGAGCCAGUACUUUUGUUCUCUUUCUUGGAUACAUUGAAAGUAGUAACCUGUACAUGUGCGUCUCUGUCUUAGAUCUUCCAACGAGCAUAAACAAUAGUACAACUGAAUCAAUAAGAGUUGGG